AAGGUAUCAUUCUUUGGUUAAACGGCGGAUCGGAAACGUAAGCAGAAUAGCAGCCUACCGGCGUGACGCGACACGACGUACGAUACAUCAUCUAGCUUUUGGCUUAGGGACAGUGGCUAGGCCUAGCUUGAACAGCUACACUAAAAUACUAUUCAAAACACCUGUACGAUUUCUAAAGAAAGGAGUGGCAUUAUUCUCUUGAAAAUGUCUGAAGAUAUUCUAUUCCAGCCAUCAACUGAAGUGCAAAAUGUUGCUCAUGUAAAAUCGAUGAAACAGUAUGAUGAAAUGUACAAAGAGUCCGUUGAAAAUCCUGAACAGUUUUGGGGUAAAAUUGCCGAAAAAGAUUUUUUUUUCAAGUCGCCUCCAAUUUCAGGGAAGUUUCUUAAUUAUAAUUUUGAUGUUAAUAAAGGCAAGGUCUUUGUUGAAUGGAUGAAAGGAGCUGUCACAAAUGUGUGUUAUAACGUUCUUGAUCGGCAUGUUGAAAACGGCAAAAAGGACAAAGUUUGUUUUUAUUGGGAAGGGAAUGAUCCUGAUGACUACAGUGAGAUCACUUAUGGAAACUUGUACAAGCAAGUCUGCAAGUUUGCCAAUGUUUUGAAAUCACUCAAAAUCAUGAAAGGAGAUCAUGUGGCUAUCUACAUGCCAAUGAUUGUGGAGCUUGUUGUGGCCAUGUUGGCUUGUGCCAGGAUUGGUGCUGUCCAUUCUAUUGUGUUUGGUGGUUUCUCAUCAGACUCCUUAGCAGAAAGGAUCAUUGAUGGCAAAUGCUGUUUACUUAUUACUGCAGAUGGUGUUUAUAGAGGCAAAAAGCUAAUCAAUUUAAAAGAUAUUGCUGAUGGCGCCCUUAAGCUUUGCAAAGAACAAAAUUUUAAUGUGAAGAAUACAGUUGUGGUCCGUCAUCUUGGACCAAGUGCACCACUAAGUGGCAAGAAACCCACAUCGCCAGCUGCCAAGAGGCCUUGCACAUCACUUACUACAAACAUAACUGAAGGUUGUGAUCUUUGGUAUGAUGAUUUGAUGGCAGAUGCUAGUGAAGAGUGCAAGCCUGAGUGGUUGGAUGCUGAGGACCCCCUGUUUAUGCUCUACACCAGUGGAUCUACAGGGAAGCCUAAAGGAGUUGUGCAUACACAGGCGGGCUAUAUGAUGUAUGCAGCUACUACAUUCAAGUAUGUAUUUGACUACCAUGAUGAUGAUAUCUACUGGUGCACCGCUGAUAUAGGUUGGAUCACUGGACAUUCUUACAUCACUUAUGGACCAAUGGCCAAUGGUGCCACAAGUGUAUUGUUUGAGGGUGUCCCAACUUAUCCUGGACCAGAACGCUGCUGGCAAGUUGUACAAAAGUACAAAGUAUCAAAGUUUUACACAGCACCAACACUCAUCAGGACUUUGAUGAAAUAUGGUGAAGACCCUAUCAAAAGGUUUGAUCGAAGCUCAUUGAAAGUUCUAGGCUCAGUUGGGGAGCCUAUUAACCCAGAGGCAUGGCUUUUUUACCACAAAGUUAUUGGGGAUGAAAAGUGCUCAAUCGUGGACACAUUUUGGCAGACAGAAACCGGUGGUCACACUAUGACCCCAUUGCCAGGCUGUACACCCACGAAGCCAGGAGCUGCCACAUUUCCCUUCUUUGGCAUAGUGCCUGUACUUAUGGAUGAAAAAGGCAAGAUAAUUGAGGGUGAAGGAGAGGGAUAUCUGGUGUUUAAGCAGCCUUGGCCUGGUGUUAUGCGCACUGUGUAUGGAAAUCAUCCAAGAUAUGAGCAAACUUAUUUUACUCAAUUCCCAGGGUAUUAUAAAACAGGAGAUGGUGCAAAGCGAGACAAAGAUGGAUACAUGUGGAUUACUGGUCGCAUUGAUGACAUGGUGAAUGUGUCUGGCCAUCUACUUAGCACUGCAGAGGUGGAGUCUGCUUUGGUGGAACAUGAAAAAGUUGCAGAAGCAGCUGUAGUCAGUUUACCUCACAAAAUUAAAGGGGAAAGCUGUUACUGCUUUGUCACCUUAAUUGAUGGCUUUGAUUUCACCAGUGAGUUGGUCACUGACUUAAAGUCUGCAGUUCGUACAAAGAUUGGUGCAUUUGCACAACCAGAAGUCAUCCAGAAUGCUCCUGGUCUACCCAAGACUCGCUCUGGCAAAAUAAUGCGCCGUAUUCUACGCAAGAUAGCAAGAAAUGAUCAUGAUUUUGGAGACGUAUCAACAAUGGCAGAUUCAUCAGUGAUCGAGGUUCUGUUUGCAAAUCGACCUACAACAAAUUAAAUAUUGAUACUGUUACAAGUAAACAGAAUCAUUCAAAUUAAGAUUUCGAUUAGAUUUUGAAUUGAAUGUAAUUUGAUACAUUGGGAUAAAGGGACCAAUCAUGUUGUGGUAUUGUUCUGUCUUGUAAUAAAUUGACUUUUUAGUAGCAAAUUUUAUGUUUUAAAUAUAGUGUUUAGUUUUUCCAUUUUUAAGUCUCUCAAAUAUGUUGUUUGCCAUGCCUAUUAAACACAAUAAUUUGAUUUGUAUUAAGGAAGGAAUUUAAUUUCCAAGCAUCACAUUUUUUUAUAAUUUUUAAAUGUUUAUUUGUUACUAGAAUUUGUUUUUGCCAGUCUUUAUUGCCCUGUUGAUUUGAAUGGAACAUAUACUAAUAGAAGCCUGGGGCAUUAUUCCAUAAUUUUACAUCCCAGUACUUUGACAUUUAAAAUGCAAAACUGAUAAUACAUUAUUUUAUUUUUAUUAUGAAUAACUAUAUCCACUUUAUUUCACUUUAAAAAUGUAAAACUGACUACAGUAUCGAAUAUUCUUCUAAAUUUCAAGCUCUGAUGAAAAGAGAAACAUGGAUAAAUACUGCAUCUAUUUCUGUAUUUUUUUUUUUUUUUUUUUUUUUUUUGGUCUAACCAAUCGCUACUGCUUUGUACCACACAUUUUCUUCUUACUCUCUUGAAAUUUUUGGAUGCAUGUGUUGGUAUUUAUUUAUUCACUAUAUUUUAACCAAGGUGGGUGGCCCAAUCAUUCAAAUAGGCUGGCCUUUCUUGUCCUGGGUGCACAGUUAAAUCUUAAUAUAAAAUUAAAGUAAAAUAACAAUAUCAAUAUAUAUAGAAUAAAUGCAACUAAAAAUCAAAUCUAUAUAUGAAUAUUGUGAAGUGCUUAGAGGACUUGUUGUCCUUAAGUGCUAUAUAAGUCUACCAUAUUAUUAUAUAAUUAAUUCCCUAAAUAUUUUAUAUAGUUUGAUUUGAUCGAUUCAUUUAAUUAAGAUUGGAACCUUGAAAGUGAAAUAAAGUGGAUAGAGUUUUUUUAAUACUAAAUAUAAUAUAUUAAUGUACUUUUGACAGUAACAUAGGUUUCAAAGCCAAGUAAUAGUGGCUGUGUAUUUAUAUUUGGUUAUGUAUAUUUGGUGAUGGUACCAUAUUUACUUACCUGAUGCAUCUUCAUGACAUUUUUAAGCUAAGUUUACAGGGUAACACUUGUUAUUCAAUAAAGAUGUAACAAUGUGUGACUAUUUUGAUUAUCAUGUGAGCGCUUACAGUUGUUUAAUUAAUGUUUAAUGUAGCCAUUUUUUAGAAUCUAUUGUGAAAGGUACUGUAAUCAAUAUCAAUUGGUAUAUGGCUGGGUAUUUAUAUUUGAUGAUGGUACCUUAGAGUUAAGUUUACUUACCUGAUGCGUGUACAUGACAUUUUUCAGCUAAGUUUACAUUGUAACACUUGUUAUCCAACAAAGACGUAACAUGGUGUAACUAUUUUGAUUAUCAUGUGAUCGCUAACAGUUAUUUAAUUCAUGUUUAAUGUAGCCAUUUUUAGAAUCAAUUGUGAAAGGUACUGUAAUCAAUAUCAAUUGGUAUAUGGCCUUUAAAGGAAAUAGUAGUAUUAAUUGAAGGCCUAAGGUGAUUUUGCUUAAAGUCAGACUCCAGAGAGAAAACGUUUUUUGAUAUGUUGUACAACUGAUUUUCUAAGACACAAAAAACUGGAGGAAAAGGAGACAUAACCACCUUUUUUUUACCCUUUCCGUCAGUUUUUAAAUAUUCAAAAAUCUGUAUCUCAAAGUUUUUUUUGUUGAAAUAUGCUUUUUGUGUCAAAAUCAUUGUAUCCUGAGCCUGGCUUUAAAGCAAACAUACAAACUUGUAUCUUUUUGUCAAAAUCUUAAAAUUCAGGGAGAAGUAGUGUUUUUUUGUGUUUUUUUUUCUUUUCAACCAAAGUUAAUUUUCCUGAACAGUAUCUAAACGUUUGUGCUAAACUCAACUUGUAAUUAACCACUCCAACUGCCAUUUACAAUGAAGGCACAACCGAGUUCAUGCAUAAUAUAAAUAUUUCAGUUUGCUUAUUAUAAUUAUUAGACUUAUGGAUAUAUUUUCUACAUGUAUAUUCAAUGAACUAUUUAUUAUGUAUUCAUAUACAGCAUAAAAAUUGUGUGUGUUGAUUAUGUAAUAGCCCUAAUUGUAACUGUAUGUAUAAAUUUUUACUUCGAUAAUUCUGCAAUAAUUUUCUGGAAUUAUAUAGGCAAAUAAUAUGUUCAAAAAUUGUAAUAGGGCUGAUGACCUUUUGGUGAUACAAUUUGUUGGUUUAAAUAAACUACUUCAAACUUCA